AUGCAGCUCCUUAAGAACGAUCAUGUGAUUAUGUUCGACAGAACCGAUUUUGGACCGUCGAAUCUGUCUUUACCUAAUGGGAAAUGUCUUAAUGACCCGACCGACACAGUGCUCCAAGUGAACUGCACAGCUCAUUCAGUUGAGUAUGAUGUUUUUGCUAAUAAAUUUCUGGCUCUCACAGUCCAAACCGAUGUUUGGUGCUCUUCGGGCGCCAUCAUGCCCGAUGGUAACUUGUUCCAAACUGGCGGUUUCAACUACAGCGAACGUCGGGUUAGGGUUUUUAGCCCAUGCAGGACGUGCGAUUGGAAUGAAAUACCCAACGAAUUGACGGUCAAAAGAUGGUAUGCAAGUAACCAUAUCUUACCUGAUGGGAGACAAAUCAUCGUAGGCGGUCGAGGACAGUUUAACUAUGAGUUCAUCCCUAAAAACAUCGUCGCUAAUAAGACCAACUUACCUUUCUUGUCGAAAACUAGCGACAAAGGAAUCGAGAACAAUCUUUACCCAUUUGUUUUCCUCAACAUUGAUGGAAACUUGUUUAUUUUCGCCAACAAUCGAGCUAUUUUGUUCGAUUAUGUGAACAACAUUGUUGUCAAAAAGUAUCCAAUGAUCUUUGGCGGUGAACCUCAAAGCUAUCCGAGCACUGGUUCGGCCAUUUUGCUUCCAUUGAAGAACUUGAAAGCUGCAGCCAUUGAAGCUGAAGUUCUAGUAUGUGGUGGUGCUUCUAAAGGAUCCUACCUUCAAUCUUUAAAAGGUAUUUUCAUGGCUGCCUUGGAUACCUGUGCUCGGAUUAAAAUAAUCGAUCUGAAUCCGGAAUGGGUCAUGGAGACCAUGCCUUUAGCUAGAGUCAUGGGUGACAUGAUAUUGCUUCCAAAUGGCAACGUCUUGCUUAUCAACGGCGCUAGUUCCGGGACGGCGGGAUGGGAACAAGGUCAGGACCCAGUUUUGAGUCUAGUCUUGUAUCGACCUGAUAACAAUAUCCGCUCACGAUUCGAGGUUCAAAAUCCAACCAUCAUCCCUCGUAUGUACCAUUCCACGGCUGCGUUACUUCGUGACGGAAGAGUUUUAGUUGGCGGAAGCAAUCCCCACGCGUUUUACAACUUCAUAGGUGUACCUUUCCUGACCGAACUGAGCUUAGAGGCAUUCUUAUCGGCGUAUUUGGAUGCUAAAUUUGCCAACCUACGACCGACCAUCAUUACUCCUAAGUCAAUGUCGGGGAUCCGAUACCAUAAGAAAUAUACGAUCCAAGUGGCGAUUAACAGCAACAAAGUGGAUGAAAGCUCGAUGUCGGUAACAAUGUUUGCACCAGCUUUCAAUACGCAUUCGUUCUCCAUGAAUCAAAGGUUGCUUAUUCUUGGGAAUGAUAAAGUGACGAAAGUGGGUAACUCGAUGUACAAUGUUGAAGCAACAACGCCGCGGUCUGGGAAUGUAGCGCCAUCGGGAUUUUAUUUAUUGUUUGUGGUUCAUUAA